CUGAUAUCUCACAUACUUCCCAUUUAAAAACACCAGUCUCCUGCUGAUGAGCUCGUGUGCACAGCUUUUUUCCUUACUCAGUCGAAAACAUGUGGUAUUUGGUCACUGUGACAUUUCUGAUCCAAGCGUAUAAAUGCUCACAGACUGUGACAUUUCAGAGUGGAUCUUGUGAUCUUAAGCAUUCUCCAGAUCCUGAAGCAUUUAUGAAUAUUAGUGAAAUGAUCAGAUACAGAGGAUACCCAAGUGAGGAGUAUGAAGUCGUUACAGAUGAUGGCUACAUCCUGAGUGUUAACAGAAUACCCCACGGAGUCAAAUAUAGAUUUAAAGGCCCAAAACCAGUGGUUUUCCUGCAGCACGGUUUGCUGGCAGAUGGUAGCAACUGGGUCAGUAAUCUUGCAAACAAUAGCUUGGGAUUCAUUUUAGCAGAUGCCGGAUAUGAUGUGUGGUUGGGAAACAGCCGAGGGAACACCUGGUCUAAGAAACACAAAACUCUUUCAGCAGAAUCUGAGGAAUUCUGGGCCUUUAGUUACGACGAGAUGGCUAAACAAGAUCUCCCAGCAGUGAUUAACUUCAUAUUAAAUAAAACAGGUCAGGAGAAAAUAUUCUAUGUUGGUCAUUCUCAAGGAACCACAAUAGGAUUUAUAGCUUUUUCAAGCAUGCCUGCCUUGGCGGAUAAAAUUAAAAUGUUUUUUGGCCUUGCUCCUGUAACUACAAUCGAAUUCUCCACCAGUCCCCUGGUAAAACUAGCCAUUUUCCCAGAGUGCUUCUUAAAGACAAUAUUUGGCAACAAGGCUUUUUUCCCACAAACAGAGCAAAUAACAUGGCUUGCUACCAAUAUCUGUAACCAUAAACUAUUCAAUCAUUUAUGCGGCAAUACGUUUUUUCUCUUAUGUGGAUUUAACGAGAAGAACCUUAAUAUGAGUCGUGCGGACGUGUAUUUAUCCCACUGUCCUUCUGGAACAUCUAUGCAGAACAUGCUUCACUGGGUUCAGUUAAAAAAAUCAGGAGAACUGAAGGCCUUUGAUUGGGGAUAUGAUGGUAAUAUUAUCCACUAUAAACAGCCUACUCCUCCUUUGUACCAUGUGAGGGACAUGAAGAUACCGGCGGCACUUUGGACUGGAGGAAACGACUGGCUGGCAGAUCCGAAGGAUGUUGGCUUGUUACUCACACAAGUCACAAACUUAGUGUACCACAAAAAGGUUCCAGAAUGGGAUCAUCUAGAUUUUAUCUGGGGUCUAGAUGCUCCUUACCGAAUGUACAAUGAAAUAAUAGAGUUGAUGAAAAAGUAUUCAUAAUCUAUUUGUAAUUCAGUGGUUGUGUGUAAUUUUUUGGUGAUCACCUACCAAUGAAAUAAUAAUAAAAAUAAAAUAAGACCUCAUUUUGGAAAGAGGGGGCAUCCCUCUUUCUAAAAAAGAAUUUUUAUGCCCCUCUGUGUUUUAUGUGGGAAAUAGGAACUCUAAAAAUGCCCCAUCUCCUUCAUCAAACACUGUACAGUUGUGUAUUUUAGUUACCAUUGUGAUCAUCUGAAAUUUAGAGGGGGUGUAACCCCUCAUUUAAAAUAAGGCAAUUUCCUAUUUCACAUGGGGGGGUCGCAUACCCCAAUAGGGUGCAUGUGAUUAUACUUAAAGCAGCAAUACCCAGCAUAAGCACUCAAAUGUGCUGUUUACCCUGAGAGGGAGGGGAACAUUAACAGAGCCCCUAUACCAACCUUGCUUGAGCUAGAGGAACAAGUGGCCCCUUAUAUGAAAAGGCAGAUUCCCCUCUUUUAAAUGAGUGGAUCACUAGUUCCUCUAGCACAAAUGGUGAAGGAGCUAUAGGCUCUGUUUGAGCCUCCCUCUACCUCCGGUUAAAUAGCACUAUUAAGUGCCGGUUAUUGCCACUUUUUCCAGAUGAGCUCAUCAAUUUUACAGAAACCCGUUACCCCUCAUUUUAAAGGGAAGUCUCCCCUCUUUCAAGCGCGAGGUGUCUUAUGCCUGUAAAAUGCAGAUGAUUUCCAAAAUAUUGCAAUAACCUGCAAAAGCAGUACUUAAAAUGCAGUUUAACUUGAGGGAGGGGGCUCUUACAUAAUUCCUAUCUCCUCCUCUUUAUGCUGGAGAGACAAGUGACCCUCAUUUUAAAAAUUUGCCCAACCCUAAUAGAGUGGCAUAGGUUUAUUUGCUACACUCUUCUUUAUUACGCUUAAUCUGGUAUCUAGUGCAUUCAAUAUUUACUAUUUUUGUCAUAGACCCUGUGAGAUUAUAUAUAUAUAUAUAUAUAUAGAGAGAGAGAGAGAGAGAGAGAGAGAGAGAGAG